GCCGGGAUAGUCGUGUUCUUUCCAACUUGAUUUUUUGCACAUACUUGUAUUGGAUACUGUUACGAAAAAACAACAUUAUACAAUCCCUUACCCUAUAGUACAAUAUGGUCAAGAUAUUUUCAUGUUUUUCGCGGAUGCUACUGUUGCUGCUGGCGCGCUGUGUUGUUACAGAAAGUGUCGAUCCCGGACUGAUUGCCUUCAACGCAAAGCCAGUGCUCGGCAUUCACCUCGGGUCGUCGUACGGGACCGUUGUUGCCUAUUUCCCCAAUGGUACAUUUUUAAACAUCGCCAAGGUUGAUGGAACGCCCAGCUAUAUCAAUUUUGUCCGACGAGAAAUGAAUAAGAGGCAACCCUCUCUUUGGAAUCAAAACAGACAUGAUCAGUAUGGGCGUGAGAGAUUUGUCUGGUUGAAGAAGCUCUUCGGUAUACCGACGUGGACGGAAAUCCUGACAGAGAUGCUUCUUCCCCUGAGACAAGCAGCCGAGGUCGCACUAGGCAGUCCCCUACAACGCGAGGUUUCUAUCACGGUACCCGGGAUGCAAACAUGGAUAACUUACGGCACAGGCGAGUUUAUUGUUAAUCCUGCAGCACGUCUAUCGGGCAUACAGCCAUCUAUUAAUGACAUCAGGGGACCAAUCUACAACCCAGAAGUCAACGCCGUUCUCGCUGCCAACGGCCAUUAUCUGUGCCUAGAAGAUUGGUGUCUGUGGCCUGAGGGAUACAUUGAUAUCGAUAGAUCUACUAUGAUAUAUUAUAUCAGCAUUACAAACUCAGCCGUGUACACCACCAUAAUAGAGAUGUCCUGCCUCGGCUACAACGGACCUGGAUAUGUACCCGGCAAUAUAGAACUUCUCUCCAAGUUUGAAACAGGGACGAAUGCUUCUGCUCCUGCAUUGGAUAAAUUGGAGGCAUUUCUCAGAUCGAAACUCACCCGACUCUGUACCCCGAAGACUUGUUGGCCAGAUGAUGAGUAUCUCGUUGUCUUUACGGGCGAAGCAGCAUCUAAACCUGGUUAUGUUUCCGUCAUGGAAAAUGUGGUGGAUUCCAUGAGACAAGACAAGCAAUUUAAAGAUGGCAAAAUUGAGCUGCUGAUAUCAGAAGAUCCUAUAUACGAUGCAGCAAAGGGUACAGCCAUUUGGGCAAGAAUGGUAUCGGGCGGGUUCAAUUGCAGCUCAUACGAUCGAGAGAACGACAGGCAGGACUCUUGGGAUCCACCCGAGGCAUGGAGUGGCCGGGACGAGUUGUAAAUAGAUAUACGAGACUUUCGAGAUCUCAAUUCCAUACAAGCAACGUUACAGAAUGUCUUCACUGUUGACGGUCUAUAGCGUCUUUGAGCUUGUCGAAGAUAUCACUUUCACAGGUAGCCUGAAGUAGACUCAUCAUUGGCACCAAAUGAAGUUGACAAAUUGUUUCCAGUCGCGCGAUUCAGGGCGAAAUCAGGGAUCGGCUGAUCGUGAUUACGAGUUGGAUCGCGAGGCGCUGGAAACAGCGCGGGGG